GGACAUAUUUCAACAAAAAUGGAGGAGGCUAUGAUACUUCGAAGUUUUCCCACGACACCUCCCAGGACGACAGCUCUAACGAAAAUUAACGUCAUCGCCUCGAGCAUCCCGCUGUCCACAGCAAGGAUCAUCAACUUGGUUGUUCUAUCGUUAGGUGUCAGCCUGAAUCUCUUGGUGAUCAUGGUGAUUUUUUCGAAGUCCUCCAUGAGGACGACCAUGAACCUCUACGUCGUCAGUUUCGCGUGCUCGAACAUGGUGAUCCUGAUCGAGCCUCUCGAAGAUGUUCUGCAAUGGUUCUUUGACACGAAGUUGAAGCUAAACAUGGACUACGUCUGUUUGAUCAGCUUCGACGUGUCCGUCAUCACGAUCGCCAUCUUGAAGUUCCAAUUGUACGUGAAUAUCUUCCAUCGGCAAACAACUUUCGGCCAGGGCCUGCUGAGGAAAACCACGGCCAUGAAAGGCAUCGUGCUUAUCUGGUCCGCGUGUACCAUAUCUAUCGCCAUUGGUCUGCACAUAUACGACUUCUUCGAAGGUGACAUGGCUGAGAUUUAUGUUUGGAACACGUUCAUGUUCAUUGCUCCGCCGAUCGUCACAUUCUUUGCUCUCGAUGCAUUGAUUCUGUACGAAUUGAUGAUACUGAGGGAGUUCGAAGGAUCGUGGAGGAUGAACGAAAUCAGACAGUAUGUUAUGCUGGUGAUCGUCGCACUCGCCUUCCUACUGAUUCGAACGCCAUAUCGUGUCGCUCGAGCAGUAAAUUUCAUAGAACCGAAGGCCUCGUGUUGCACGGAAAAUAAGAGGGAGGUUCUCUACUUCAUCGCCAAGAUGUUUCCCGCUAUUUUUCCAAUUAUCUACAUGGCGUUGUCGUGCGAAUUUCAUGGAGUUGUUCAGGAGACUUUGAGAUGUGGACGUCGAAAAUCACUCAAAGAAAUUGUGGAUAUUUAAAACAGGAGAACAAUUAACGUGGUACACGUGUAUAUUUUCCUCGUAGAUAUAAGAC